AUGACAGAACUCGCUUCUCCACUAUAUAAUGUGUGUGUGUCAGCGUUCCAGGCAUUUCUGGGCCGGUCAGAUGUCAGCCGUGAGCUGGAGGAGGUUCACGCCGAGAGUCGCGCUCAGAACACGCAGCGGACGGCGUCGGUGCUGGAGCUCUUCCGGAAGUGCUCGCUCCGCUGGCAGCUGAUCACGGUGAUCGUCGUCAUGAGCUGCUAUCAGCUCUGCGGACUCAACGCCAUCUGGUAUUACACUAACGGGAUCCUCCAGAAGGCCGGUUUCGAGCCGACGCUGAUCCCGUACAUCACGCUCAGCACCGGUGGCAUCGAGACGCUGGCCGCCGUCAUAUCGGGUUUAGUUAUUGAGAAAGUCGGUCGGAGGCCAUUACUGAUCUUUGGUUUUUCAGCGAUGGCUGUUUUCUUUAGUCUCCUCACAGUCUUCCUGCAUUAUCAGGACAGGUUCUCCUGGAUGCCGUAUCUCAGCUUCACCUCCAUUCUGCUUCUGAUCGCUUCCUUCUGCUCUGGUCCAGGCGGUGUGCCGUUCGUGUUGACGGGGGAGCUGUUUGAACAGUCGUAUCGUCCGGCUGCGUUUAUGAUCGCAGGAACCGUCAACUGGCUCUCAAACUUCGCUGUGGGACUCCUGUUCCCCUUCAUACAGGAGGCGCUGCAGACGUUUACCUUCCUGCUGUUUGUGGUGGUGUGUGUCGCUGGAGCCAUUUAUCUGCUCGUCGUUCUGCCGGAGACCAAAAAUAAGACCUUCAUGGAGAUCAGCCAGAGUUUCUCCAAGAUCAACGGCGUCCCGGAUCAGACUCACGAGCGAGAGAUGAAGGACGCGCUGGACACCGCCGCUGCCAACGGACUCCAAUGUGCCGACGUGGAGAUGGAGAGCUCCUUCUGAAUCAUGCAGGAGCUUUUAAAAUGAUGUACGACUGAUGUUUCCUGUCAGAAAUUAUGAUCAGCUCUUCGUUAUGACUGAAGAACAUUUUCACUCUCAGUGGUUUUGAAUCAGAUGUCUGUAGUUUUACAUGCGUGUGUGUGUGUGCGUGCGUGCGUGCGUGCGUGAGUGAGUGUGUGUGAUUGUGUGUGUGUGU